AUGCUCAGCAAAACUAUUGUCGCGGCCCUCCUGGGCUUUGCAUCUCUUACCAAUGCUGCGAAGAAGUGCCCUGUUGCCGAUGUUUCCGCCAUUGCCCACACAGGCACCCCGAUUGGAAAGGAGGUCAAGUACAAUGGGCUGACCCAAUACGUUACCAAGCCGAGCGUGCGCGGUAACCGGACCACUGGCGUCCUAUACCUGACCGACGUUUUCGGAAUCCAGCUCGCGCAGAACAAGCUCCUUUCCGACAGCUUUGCUCGCGCUGGCUACAUCUCCGUCGCGCCGGACCUGUUCAACGGCAACCCGGCCCCAGAAGACAUCAACGUCCCCGGCUUUAACACGACUCAGUUCCUCUCGCAGCACGGGCCGAACGUGACUGACCCGAUCAUUGCCAACUCCAUCAAGUACCUGCGCGAAAAACUCGGUGUGAGCAAGAUCGCAGUCACGGGAUACUGCUUCGGAGGCCGCUACACCUUCCGCCUUCUCGCCGAGGGCAAGGGAGCUGAUGUUGGCUUUGCCGCACACCCGAGUCUGCUCACUGACGAGGAAAUCGCGGCCAUCACCGGUCCCGCGAGUGUCGCAGCCGCCGAAACUGACAGCCUCAUGUCGCCCGCUCGUCGUGCCGAGAUUGAGGCUCUGCUCGGUGAGACUGGCCAGCCCUUCUCUCUCGCGCUGUAUGGUGGUACCGAGCACGGCUUCGGCGUUCGCGCCAACAUCUCGGACCCUAAGCAGAAGUUCGGCAAGGAGGAGGCCUUCUUCCAGGCAGUCCGCUUCUUUGACACUUGGCUUUGA